AUGACUGAUAUCUCCAAUUUUACAGGUAAAUUCCGCCUAAACGGACCGGAAGCUGGCAAAGUAACGAAACGACCACGAGCGAGCCUCACUUGCAGCCAGUGUCGCAAGCAGAAGCUAAAAUGCGACAGAGGACAGCCGUGCAACAGCUGCAUCAAAAGGGGCGACACUGCUCGAUGCAGCUAUGGCCAACAUCCUACGCCAGAAGCUUCUGCAGACCGACAGCACCUGGCAGAACAGAAGCUGGCACAUCUGGAAACAAUGGUCUUGCAGUUGAUGCAGAAGGCCCCGGACCAUGAGCAGACUCUUCCCCGUGCGCCUUCUCAGACUCUGACGCCCCCAGAACCCAACAAUGAGGUGCCAGAACAAAGACCAGGAGGCUACACCGGAUCCACGCACUGGUCUGCCAUGCUUAACGACAUUCAGGAGCUCAAGACUGCCAUUGGUUUCGAGAUAGCUUCUAACGCUUUCGACAACCCAGAUGAAACUGACGCACCACCUGAAGAGGUAAUAUACGGUUGUUCUGCCACCUACUCUCUGAAACGAAUUGUCAAGGACCAGCUACCAGCACGAGAAGAUGUGGAACGGCUAUUGUCCAUCCAUUUUGCCGGAGAGACCUUCGUUCUACCCAUUAUCCAUGCCAGUCAUUUCAGGCGCCAAUGUCAGCAGUUCUGGUCUGCCCCAUUCGAUGCCGAACCGCUUUGGCUCUCGAUACUCUUUUCGACAUGCUUUAUGGCUGCCAAGAUCGCCGUUUCCACAGGCAUGAGCGGCUCAUUGGCAUUCGAGCCAUCGAGUCUACAGACCGCUGCAGGCCAGUGCCUGGUCUUGGGACAGUAUAAUCGCCCGCAACGGUACGCUCCAGAGGCUCUCUUGCUCUAUGCUCAGACGAAGAGCUUCUACGGACUGGAUCCCCCCCGUGAAGCUGGUGCUGUGCUGGGUCUGACGGUACGACACGCUUACUCUAUGGGCUACCACCGCGACCCGGAUACUGUCGGUACUUUCUCGCCGUUCGAAAGUGAGAUGAGGCGACGCUUCUGGGCUACCUGCAAACAGAUGGACCUUAUGCUUUCAUUUCAGCUUGGGCUGCCGAGUCACAUCAGGCUUGAAAACUGUGAUACAAAGUCUCCACGAAAUCUACUGGACUCGGACUUUGACGAAGACACCACGAAUCUGCCCCAGUCACGGCCGGAGACUAAGGCAACUAGGUUCUUGUGGUUCAUCAUCAAAGACAGACAGAUGGUCACAUUCAGCAAGGUCUGCCAAGAUGCAUUGUCCUUUAACGAAAGAAGCAGUACCUAUGUUCACGAGCUGGACGCCGAGGUCCGUCACACGUACGACAGCAUCCCACACGUCCUGCGAUCUCGACCGAUCUCAGAAUCAACGGCCGACUCUCCGUUUCUCAUCAUGACGCGAAUCUACCUUGAGUUCAUCUAUCUCAAAAGCCUGUGCGUUCUCCAUCGCAGGUAUAUGGCUGCUGGUCGAUCAUACAGCCUUACCGCAGGUUCCAAGGCCGCUCGGGCAUUGAUAGCCCGGUUCCUGGAGGCCUACUCCGAAACGAAUGUGGGAGGGCAGUUGCAAGCCAACAGGUGGAUGCUCAACAGCUUCACCGUCAACGACUUCCUAAUGGGCGUGUCAACGGCAUGUCUGGCGGUGUAUCAGUUACGACAGCAGCCGGAAGGUCAAUCACCAGCAGACAGUCCAUCGGAAGAGGAACUGUUACACCUCCUGCGCAAAGCUCUCACGGCAUGCACAGAACUAACCAACGCCAGCAAAGAUGCACGACGAGUCGCUCAUGCCAUCCGACUGGUGUUGGGUGGCCUUGGUUCUCGACCAAGUCCCGAGAUCCACAAGGAUGGUGAUGGUCGGUCGCUGUUACCGCCCGAGUGCCUCCCGGUUGCAGAAGAUGCAGGCGACUUGCCCUAUCAAGAUGCGAGUGUCAUGUUCGGCCGGCUCGAUCCUUUCGAUUUCCUGGGUAAUCCGAUGCAGGACUUUGAUUGGUCGAUGCUGGACAUGGACGUGCUGGAAUGA